UAUGGAGGUAUUACGUAACUGUCCUACUUUGAACUGGGUAUAAUUGUCUGAUAGAGUUUUUCAUUGACUGUGUUUUAUAUUUUUCGCAUGGAACCAUUACAAAUCGUCGUUUACAUUACAUCAAGAGACAAGCUUUGUGGAGACACAGUGCAAUGGAUGUAACAGCUAAACGUUAUAGAGUAGCACGGUCACGGCCAGUACUGUGUAUAGUCCUAGGCAGCCUCCUGUAAAACCAAACAUAAAAAUUGGAGAAAACCAGGAACUACACGGAAGACGAAUAUCUAUAACGGCAAAGGGUUUAGUAUUAGAGUACAGGGGAUACACGAUGGAUAAUUGCAAACAGGACCAAAGGACAAGAACACGUGCAACACAGAACGACCAAUGGCUGGCAUCUUUAUUCCGUACAUAGGUACACACACCGUGUCGUAACCUGGUACAUGCUAUUACAUUGGACUCGGAUAUAUGGUCUAUAACUAACUCUAGGCGACAGCAAUGGAAGACAAAAAAUCAAAAGUUAAAUGGAAUACUAUAAACAUGGGCCUUCUCCCAAUCAAGGCAUUCUUUUUCCUCAGUUUAGCAGGUGUGGGAGUUCUGCUACCAUUCAUCGCCCUGUACAUGAAACAAAUUGGCCUGACGACAUCUCAAACAGGAUUCAUAUAUGGAGUGAUGCCAUUCAUCGGAUUCUUUACUCGACCAAUCUUUGGAUACAUUUCAGACCGUUGGAAAAAGCACAAGUUAGUGCUGAUAACAUGUUGUGUCCUGACUGGCAUCUUCUACCUACUUCUCCUUUAUGUGCCUCACAGCCAAUCAGGGUACAUUGAUGUAAAGACAGACAUACACUGCGGACAGUACAGCUCUUAUAUACGCGAUUGUUACCAUGUUAACAGAACAAAUUCUCUCACAUGCCCUCUGAGCUUUGAUGCCUAUGCUAAUUUAUCAAAAGGGAUCGUUCAAGAAAAGUCAUUGAGUGUUGUAGGCUUAAAAAACUCCAAUGACACUGGUUUAUACUUACAAGUUGGUGACAGUCAGGGGGCUAGUGGCGAUUCAUCUUGCAGUUUUUCUUGCCAUUAUAAGACAGGGGACACAUUUCAAACUAAAGCCUGUUUCACAAAUCAAGUAGACAAAUUAAACAAACACUGUUAUGAUAUAUCUGUCAGUCUUGAUAAAGAACCAGAUUUAGAAUUUUCGCUUAGAAACAUUUCUAACAUCAUCAGCCGUGAAGUAGUACAGGACCAACAGAUAGUCGGGGACCUAGUUUGUCGUGACUUUGAUAUCAAAUCUGUCGCGUACCAGGAGAAGCCUUAUUGGCAGAUGUUGUGUGACAGAGACGUGGAGAUGACUUGCAGCAUGAAGUGUUUCGGGUCCAAAAACAAGACUUGUGAAUUGAAGGAAUGGCAGAAUGCAGAUCUAACUAUAGCGUUGUUCUUUGUUUUUUUCUUGUUUGGAAAUAUUUUCUUUGCCCCCAUUAUAAGUAUAGGAGACGCUAUGACUUAUGAUAUUCUUGGCGACCAGAGAAAUCAGUAUGGUAAACAGAGACUUUGGGGGACACUAGGAUUUGCAUUGUUUAGCAUUACCUCAUCAUUCUUAAUGGAGUUCAUGAGUACAGAUCCAGCUAAAGCCGAUUUUACUGCUUCUUUCUACCUAUUUUUAGUGUUGUUCCUACUCACAGGCGUCAGUGUCUUGCGGAUAUCCUUGUCGGAAGACGUUUCGUGCAGUAGUAGUUUCUCGGAUGUAUGUAAGCUGUUCCGUUACGCUAAGGUUAUGAUAUUUUUGGGAGUGGUGCUGUACUUUGGACUGUUAACUGGAGUGAUUGAGACAUUUCUAUACUGGUACCUGUCAGGUGUGGAUGGUUACAUCACAUUAAUACCUGGCCUUUGUCUACUUGUUUCCUGUUUCGUGGAAACCCCCGUCCUGUUUUUAUCGGGAUACAUCAUCAAAAGAAUAGGACAUCUGUUCUGUUUAUACAUUGUGUUCGGUGCGUAUGCGUUACGUUUCUUUUUCUACUCAUUACUGACCAAUGCCUGGUAUGUACUGCCUGUAGAAGUCCUCCACUCCAUCACGUUUGGCCUGAUGUGGGCUACCUCCACAUCCUAUGCCAGCAUCAUCUCUCCACCCGGAAUGUCUGCCACUGUACAGGGCAUCAUUGGGGGACUCCAUUUUGGAUUUGGAAAGGGUAUCGGCAGCAUCGUCACCGGACAGAUAGUGGAACCACUGGGGUUUGUGUGGACAUUCCGACUGUACAGUUUCAUCUCCGUCGGCUUUCUAAUACUCUACAUCAUUAUCAACCGACUGUGCCUAAAACAAAGCACGUUUGACCAGACGAAAGAAGCUCAAGAUAAUGCAGAGGAGGCCACUAUAACAAAUGAUGGUAACAUGGAAGUGGGUCAGAAUCUUUUAUCUGAUCAGGAGAAGCAUGAAAUGGAACCCCUCUAGACCUGAAGAACACAGCUGUAAGUGAACUGGGCCCCACUAUUUACAUCAUCUGAUCAGGAGAAACAUGGAAUUGAGCCUCUCUGAUGAACCCAACAUUUGGAGGACUACAGUAUUUACAUUAGCAGGUUGUUCAUUUUAUUAGGUUAUAGAUAUUGAGAUAUGGUAAAAUAUACAAUGAAGUGUGGUAGGGUUUUUCGCUGGCCACACUCUAAGCUAGGACAGUUUGACAAAUAUCCUGACUUAAGUUUGACACAAGUGUGCAGUGUGUGUAGAAAUUUGUGUUGGUGCUAUGGAAGGUUGACAGAUGUUCUUCAGUUUAUCUGUUACAAGUUAAAAAUUGGUACAUGUGUACUUGAAAUCCUCAUCACCAAUCUAUUAGUCAGUGAAAUCAAAUUUCUCAAAAUAACGAUUGUUCUUUCUUCAUAAAUCUGGGAAAACCUUUCAGCUUAUUGGUAGUGGACUAUUUCACUUGUUUUGCAGUCUAUAUAUUUACCUGAUGAUCUUUGACGAAUAGACCAAUAUGUUUCAUGCGGCAUUUAAAAGUGAUUUUUAAAGAACAAGGGUAUACUCAGUCUGGUGAUAUUUCAUUGCACCAAACAGCACUUGGUUUUACUUGUAUUGUUUCAUGACCCAUCGAUAAAGUGGGUCAUCUAGGCAGCACGGGAGACUUUUUUUUUAAAUUUCUUUUGUUAUGAUGACAAGGCUUACUUUUUUUUGUAGUAUCAGGUAUACUCUGCACAUUCCAAUGUAUAUAAAUGCAUUACUUGUGUUUUAUUCAAAUAGCGUUAUUUUGUACAUAAUUAUAAUUAUGCUCUUUUCAUUGAUUUUUGUUUUGUUUUUUUGUUGACAAGAAAUGUUUUUUAGUUGGUACUGUACCAUUAUAAUUACCAGGUAGGUAUAUUCAUAGACAAGUUUAUUAAAAUACUAUCUGUUAUAGUUUUGAUGGUGUUGGAUACACCAAAUUGCAUACCUACCAAGUCACCUACUUUUGUGCAGGUCAAGCAGCAGUUGACCUCUAGCCUAGGCGAGUAAAUUUUAGUAAAUUAUAGUAAAUUUUAGUAAAUUUUAGAUCUCCUGCAUUUGCACUACUUAUCCCAUCAUUGAAAAUAAUUCUGAAUUCUAAAUUUAAAACUUUGAAUAUUAAAAUACUCCAUAAAAAUAUAAACAUGUAUAUUGAAAUGAAAAUAUUGAUACAUUUUAGUUUAAAUGUUAUACUACUGAUUUUGAUGAACUUGAAAACUUUUAAUGAUAGUGAAAUGACCUUCAAAUAGCAGAUUUAACCUGGAUUUUGACCAUCUAUGACACUCGCCUCUUUAAUGAGAACUUGUCAGGCAUGCAUUGUUGGCACUUGCCCUACUUUAUGGUUUAGAAGUUCAGGGAAGUAGUCAUUAAUGAAGGAAAGGUAUAUAAUGCAUCAUUCACUUUAAGUAUUUCAUAGGGCUAUGGAAUAAGUCUAGUCCUUAGGUUAAGUAAGAGAUAAAUUGGUGCUAGACAUGUUCCCCAAUCUGAUCCUAUGCAAAAUGUCUGCCACAAGUAUGUUUAUCUAUUGUUUUGGUACAAACCUUGUUAUUGCCUGUUGAUUCAGCGUUAGAUUCUUGUACGGACAUUCCUAUUUAGGAAUCCUUUGUUUGAUAUGGAGGGAGAAAUGUUUGUAUAACUUGAAAAUUCGGCUCACAUGGUGACAUUGAAUUGCAGGAUUCAAUCUCCCAAAAUGUGAGGUUUGGCAACCAAGAAUAAUGUUUUACAGUUGUUAUUUGGUGUGCAUAAUAUAUUGUUGCAGUUUUAUUAGAAUUUAUACAGGGACCUAUAAUUUGAAAAUGAUAAAACAUAUUUUUUUUUAUUAUUAUUUAAGAGAUGCUAUUAAUGCUCUAUCUAAAGACUUGUCAUUUAAAUGGACUAGUGUAAUAAACCCAACCGGUGAUAAAAGUCCUCAGGUUUUAUUGUUAUUGUUCCCAAAUAUACCACUGCCAAAUUGUUCUCCCAAUGAGUCCUCAGAAUUAAUCUUCAGUAUUCCCUUUAGUACCACAGUCCUAACGUUCCCCACUAUCAUGCUCCUGUAGAAGAUCACAGUAUUUUCUAAUUGUCUGAAAUACACAAAUUGUUAGUCAUUUUUGAUGGAAUGAGUUUAUUCUGAAUCAUAACCUACAAGCUUCAGAAUAAUCAACUUUUAUGAGUUGGAUACUUGUUUUAUCCGGGGUCCUGGCAGUGGUACGGGGGUCCUGAUUAGCUCUUCUCUGUACCAGAUAUAGGAUUUCACUUCUGUUGGAAUAAUAUUUGAUGCAAGAUGUGACCUAAUGAUGAUGCAAGUGUGGUGUUGAAAAGUUUCACCCUUAAAACAAUACCAGAGUCCUGUACACUGGGACAGAUAAUACCUACAGCAGGUAUAGGAUAUCUGUAGUUACACUGAAUCUACAUCUUUCAUAUGCAAAACAUGACUAUUGUUAAUGUUAAUAUUAUUACACUUAGUUGAUAUAUUUAUAAAUAGAUGACAUGACAACGGUUACUACAGUUAGUUUUCAUGUUUUUGUAAAAUGACAUGGCUUCUGUUAUUAUAGGUUGUAACGUUUUGUUUAGUUGACAUCACUGUCAGUCUUUUGUUCAGUUUAAAAGAUCAAUGAUUUACAAUGGAAAUUAACAUUAUUAUUUUUGUAAAGUUUGUAUUGCAAAUAUACUUACCUUGAAUAAGAAAGGCUACUUCAUUGCUGAAGUGAUCAUAUGAUAAUUUGGACAGCAAGGUAAUUAUAUGAUGUGAAAUGAAAAAUGAUAUGUAAAGAUUGAAAAUGUAUCCAAUAAUACUAUGGUAAAUACUCAUACUCGUUAUCAUGACAGGAAAGUUGAUGUUUGUACUUACGUAACAUGUGGUAGAUAAUGAUAAUUGUUAUAAAGUGAUGGCAUUUCAUUUUGUUUUCUGCAUUUUCACCACUGCCUGUUAUUUGUUGAAUAAUUCACUUUUGCUUACAUAUUCCUGAACAGGUGCUGCUAUUUAUUUAAAUCUCAAACCUUUCCUCAGAGUUGCUUAGACAUUUUUGACUAGUUCUCAAUUCCACUAUCAAAUUUUACCAAAUAGGGUGUACAAAUAUCCUAUAAUUAUACCCCCGCAAUGAAGUUAGGGGGGUAUACUGGAAUCACCCUGUCUGGCCUGUCUGGAUGUCUGUCUGUCGUCCACAGUAACUUGUCCGGAA